AUGGCGCGAGAGGCGGAUCGGCGAGGGGCCCCGAAGCCCAAAGAUGGCCCGGAGAUGAAGAUGACCUCGGAGAAGGACUUGGAGGCCGCCUUUCGGCUCCUGGACAGCGAGAACAAAGGCAGUCUCACCUUGCCACAGGCGGUGGACUUCUUGAUUUGCGCUGGCUGGUGUUUGCCAGAGGAGGAAUUGGAAGAUGCGUUGUGUGGUGGUGCGUCUUCACAUGCGGCACCGCAGAGAAGUUUUAGCCUCCCGCAGCUGCUGGAUGUGCUAAGGCGAAUGCAGCAGGACAAGGAGAACAUCAGUGUUGCCAGGCUCUCAGAGGCACUGCAGCACGUGGCGGACGACGGGGAGGUGGGCCUGGAUCACUUGGCCGAGGUGGUGUGCAAGGGCAAGGUUCCCGUCAUGUCGGAGGAGGAGCUUGAGGAGUUGUUGGGGACCCUGGGCGUCUUCGAGGAGGAGUUGGAUUGCCAGCAGUUGGCGCAGAGCAUCUUGCAGUGUGCAGGAAGCCCGGACUGGAUCUGCACAGUGCUCAGCAGUUGA